UCAGGCUUUUACUGUCCAGAAGGAACUGGAUUUGACUUGAAAUCCUGCCCAGAGGGAACUUACAGUCCUGACCCUGGCUAUUGGUCUGUCUCUCAGUGCAGGCACUGUGACGGCGGCCAUUACUGCUCUUCCAGAAAUGGCACAGCUGUCACUGGACCAUGUCAGGAAGGAUAUUACUGCUCACAUAGAAACACCUCUCCACAACCUUCCUUACAGCCUGCAGGAGAGGGAGGACCAUGUCCUGCCGGUCAUUACUGCCCCCAGGCCACCGUCCAUCCUCUACCCUGUCCACGUGGAACAUUCUCUAACCUCACCAAAUUAGUCUCCCAGGAGGAUUGCCAGUCAUGUCUCCCUGGUUACUAUUGCAGUGCUGUGGGGCUCUCAGCACCUUCAGGAAAAUGCUGGGAAGGUUUCUUUUGUCUGGAGGGUGCAGAUCGUCCUGAUCCUCCUUUGAGAGACAGCCGUGGUGGACCAUGUCCAAAAGGUUAUUACUGCUCUGAGGGCUCAGUGGCUCCUCAGCAGUGUCCCUUGGGAACCAUCAGUACAGAAGACGGCCAAGCCAGGUGCAGCUCCUGUCCCCCGGGUUUUUAUUGUCCUGGCAGCCAUAAUGGCUCUCUGUCAAGGAGUUACGAGUGUCCAGUGGGUCAUUACUGCCCACCCGGGACCUGGUCCAAACAUCAGCACCCGUGUCCAGCUGGAUCCAUCAAUCCCCACAUUCGGAUGGAAAAACCCCAAGACUGCAUGCCCUGCCCUCCAGGUUCCUUCUGUGCAUCCCCUGGAAAGGGUGUUGCAUCAGGCCAGUGUGGUGCUGGGUACUACUGCCUCUCUGGGGCCUGGUCACCCACACCAGAGGAUGGAGGGACAACAGGUGACAGAUGUCCAGAAGGUCAUUACUGUCCCCAGGGCUCAUCAGCGCCACAGCCUUGUCCCAUAGGACACUACAGUGAUAAAACCGGAACCAGUCACCUGUCCGACUGCCUGCCUUGUCCUCCAGGUUUCCUGUGUGCCACUAGAGGGCUCUCUUUCCCUUCUCAUAUAUGCCCAGCUGGCUCUUACUGUCCAGGCAUAGAAAACAGCAGCCAGCAGGCCUCUAUACCCUGCUCACCUGGAUACAUGUGUCCACCUGGAACUGAUAGACAGGUACCCUGCUUGCCAGGGACCUACCAGGAUUUACCUGGACAGGCAGAGUGUGUUGAAUGUCCAGCAGGAUUUUACUGUGCUGGAUCGGUCGAUGCUGACACUGGGCAUGUGUCUGGGACUCAGACUCCCUUUCUGUGUCCUAAAGGACACUAUUGCCCACCAGGAACGCAGUCUGGUUUAGCAUUCCCAUGCCCAGCUGGUGCUCUCGGCAGGCAGAUGGGUUUGUCCAAUAAGUCGGGCUGUGAGCUCUGCCCUCCUGGGAGAUAUUGCAGUUCCUCUGGACUGGCUGCUCCCACUGGGGUCUGCUCUCCUGGUUACGUCUGUAUCCUUGGUUCUGCUUCUGCUCAACCAGAGGAAGGCUCAACAGGCGGCCGCUGCUCUGCAGGGUCCUACUGCCCCCAGGGCACCAGCUACAUGGUUCCCUGCCCUGCAGGCACCUUCAGCUCCAUAGAUGGGGCAGUUUCUAUAGAAGUAUGUCAGUCCUGUUUGCCUGGCCAUUAUUGCGCUGGAGCUGGCCUUUCCUCCCCAUCUGGGCCCUGCAACCCAGGCUUCUAUUGCACAGAGGGAUCCAGAACCGCUAUGCCUUGGGGUAAUACCUCAGUUACAGGAGAAGUAACAUCUCCAUCCCCACUUCCUGGCGAGUCAACCCUCGGUCAGUUCCAUGGUGAUGUUUGUCCUGCUGGCCACUAUUGUCCUAAAGGGAGUGCAAAGCCAAGCCCUUGUCCUCCAGGGACUUUCUUGGCGAGGUCUGCAGCUGAGUCUGAGGCUGACUGUGAGGCUUGUUACCCAGGUUCUUACUGCCCCUCGUGGGCUCAGACCUCUGUCGACCUUUUCUGUCCCCUUGGGUGGUUCUGUCCUCCGAGAUCAGUGUCUGGAAAUCAGCCAGGAUGUCAGUGCCCGCCUGGCCAUGCAUGCCCGCAUGGUAGUGCUGAGCCGACCAUCUGUAGCCCUGGCACUUUUCAGUCUUCAUCUGGACAGUUCACUUGUAACACCUGCCCACCAGGUUUCUACUGUAUGGAGGGUUCAUCUGUGCCAUCUCCAUGUCCACCGGGUAGCAUCAGUCCAUCAUCUGGCAAGAUGUCCCUGACUGACUGCUCUCCCUGCCCCCCUGGCUCAUUCUGUAACAGCAGUGCCCUGACAGAGCCCACUGGGACCUGCAGCCCAGGGUAUUUCUGUUCCUUGGGGUCCCCUGAGCCUUCUCCUGUCUCCAGGCCUUAUGGUGAUGUUUGUCCCAUGGGAUACUUCUGUCCUCAGGGUAGUGGGGCACCCAGACCCUGUCCUGUUGGCAGCUUCCUCCCAGAGCUUGGAGCUUCCUCUCCUUCUCACUGCUACCCUUGCCCCCCAGGGAAAUACUGUCUCAGUGCUGGAGGCUCGCAGCCCACAGGUCUGUGUUUUGCAGGUUUCUUCUGUUCUGGAGGCGCCGAUAGUCCCACACCCCGAGCCAACUCAUCGUUGUUCAGCUGUCUUUGUGAGACACUGGCUGCUUAUACCACAGAGAAAAGUGUCGCCUUCUGGAUGUACAGUCUGUCCUGCUUCAAUAACUGCAGUAAUUCUGAGAGAGACGCUAGCUGGAUCGAAGUGGUAGCGGCGCCGCGGGCAGAUUCAGACCAUAUUGUGACUCAUCCACCGCCAUGUCUCAAGAGUCCACAUUAUGCAUGUUCCAUCUACAGAGGAGAUAUAUGCCCUAAAGGUUUCUAUUGUCCACUGGGCUCUGCCUACCCCGAGCCCUGUGAGGCUGGUGCUUACUGUAACCAAACUGGUCUAGAUGCCCCUGCAGGACCCUGUGCUGCAGGAUAUUACUGCCCCAAAGGCUCUUCAGGCCCUCAUGCCACCCCUUGCCCCACUGGACACUACUGCCCCCUUGGAACUCCUCUUCCACUGCCCUGCCCUCUUGGAACCUUGAAAAGUUCCCUUGGUGGAGCUACAGUUGAGGCUUGUCAGUUGUGUCCUCCGGGUCACUACUGCCACCAGAGAGGAAUAGCUGAGCCAAGUGGCCAGUGUGCAGAAGGCUACUACUGUCCUAAGGGACAGAGCUCCGAGAGACCGGAACAACAUGUCUGUUCAGUCGGACAUUGUUGCGAGAAGGGCAGUGAGAGACAGACAGCCUGUCGUCCAGGCAGCUACCAGCAGAGAAGAGGCCAGGGAAGCUGUGAGGCAUGUCCUGCUGGGUUCUAUUGUCAAGAUGCAGGGACCUAUGGAAACAUGUCAGGACUGGUGGAGGAAUGGCAGUGCUCACUGUGUGACCCUGGGAUGUACUGUCAAGGAACAGGGAGUACUUCCCCCAGUGGACCAUGUGCUGCAGGGUUUGCUUGUGUUGGAGGAGCCUCUGAACCUUCACCACGAGACAGCCUGGGUGGAUUCCCAUGCCCAAGUGGCUUCUUCUGCUCUGUUGGAACUUCUGUACCAAAACCAUGCCCAAAAGGAACAUUCAGUGAGCAGAGCGGGCUUGUGGAUCAAUCUCAGUGUCGUAGCUGCAGUCCUGGCUUCUACUGCUCAGGGACCGGCCUCUCUGCAGUCUCUGGAGCCUGCCUGCCAGGCUUCUACUGUUUAGAGGGAUCCCACACUGCUACUCCAAUGUCAGGUUUAUCUGGAGGCGUUUGUCCAGCUGGCCACUACUGUGCAGAGGGCAGCAGUGUCCCCUCACCCUGUCCAGCUGGCUCUUACCAAAAUGAGACUGGAGGAAAAAGCAAAGAUGACUGCAAACCAUGCCCCACUGGCUGGUUCCAGGAGUUAUCAGGCCAGUCAGAGUGUAAUCCCUGUCCUCCUGGGUUCCACUGCCAGUCUCUGAGUCCCAUCCCUCUGCCCUGCCCAGCUGGCUACAUCUGUCCCAGGGAGAGUCCACACCGUCAGCCUCUGCCCUGCCCAAAAGGCACCUACAGCCCCAGACAGCAUCUCACCACCACAGGUGAGUGCCUGGUAUGCCCAGCAGGUCAGUUUUGUGGGUCUGAAGGUUUAGUUGAGCCUUCCGGAGAGUGUUCUGCUGGGUUUCUUUGUCUGAUGGGUGCCACUGUCCCAAACCCGACUGACAACACAACUGGAUCUCUCUGUCCGCCUGGGAUUUUCUGCCAACAGGGGUUAAGGGCAGGUGAUUGUUGGGCAGGGUUUUAUUGCAACUGGGGAUCUAGUAGAGCAGAUGAGGCUCUGUGUCCAGCUGGGUUCUUCUGCCCCAGUGGAACGCCAGCCCCACUGCCUUGUCCUGCAGGAACAUUUAGCUCUAAAACAGGCAAUGCUCAUCAAGACAACUGCAUCCCCUGUACCCCUGGAUACUACUGUCAAGUUGAAGGUACUGUGCAGCCAGCACUGUGUCCUGUUGGAUACUACUGUCCUCCAGGACUGACUUUAGGACUGGAGUUUCCUUGCCCACCUGGAACUGUGCAGAGCCAGUUUGGAGCCUCCAGUCCCGAGGCUUGCCUGCUCUGCCCUGCUGGAAUGUUCUGCUCUCAACCUGGUCUGUCCCAGCCAACAGGACCGUGUGAGGCAGGAUACUACUGUCCUGCUGGAUCAACCAGUCCUAACUCCACUGAAUAUCAGAUGAAUUCUAGUAGAAGCCAUCUUUGUCCUUCUGGCCACUACUGCCCAAUUGGCACUGGCUAUCCACUCCCUUGUCCCACAGGCUCUCUUUCCAUGUCUCGAGGACUGAAGGGAGCUGACGAAUGUCCGUCUUGUCCCCCUGGAUUGUUUUGUGACAGGCCUGCAUUAGCAGAGUUCUCAGAUGUUCUCCCAUGUCAUGCUGGAUAUGUGUGCUUGGGUGGCAGCUCCAGUCCCACUCCAUCUGAGGGUUCCCAUGGCUACCUCUGCCCUGCUGGUCAUAGCUGUCCUGUUGGCUCAGCAGCUGAGGUGCCCUGUGAGCCUGGCACUUACAGUCCUGCCCCUGGAGCAGCCUACUGUUUAAUAUGCCCCAAAGGGACCAUGUGUCCCUCCUCAGCCACUCAAGAGCCCUCUAUCUGCCCAGCUGGUCAUUUGUGUCCUGCCGGGACAGCCCUGCCUCAGCCAUGCCCUUUGGGGACUUUCAGCAAUGAGACAGGAGCUCACUCUCUCUCUGUCUGCACACCCUGUCCCUCUGGAGUAUACUGUAGCUCACAUGGAGCCUCAACACCACAAGGUUCUUGUUUGCAGGGUUAUUUCUGCCAAGGUGGAGCCAUGGAGCCAACACCACAGAGCUCUGACGACUUCCCCAGGAAUGGGCAUUGCCCAGUGGGCCACUAUUGUCCAGCGGGAUGCCUGUCCCCAGUUCCAUGCCCUCUUGGAAGUAUUCGCAACACUACAGGAGGUGCGUCCAUGGAGAGCUGCUCAGCCUGUCCUGCAGGUCACUACUGCUCGACUGAGGGUCUGGCCAACCCCAGCGGCCCCUGCGCUGCUGGUUUCUACUGCCCUUUUGAUUUCUCUUCAUCUACUCCAUAUGCCUUCCUUUGUCCCAAGGGCCACUACUGUCCAGAAGGCUGUGCCCUGGCCCUGCCUUGUCCCACAGGAGAGUACCAGCCCAACCCGGGCUCAGAUAGCUGCAUCCCAUGUCGACCAGGAUUCUACUGUGAGGAGGCCAUAGUGGGAGAUCCAAGGCCCUGCCCACCACACUCAUUCUGCCCUGCAGGUACCAUGGUGCCUCAGCCCUGCCCUAACGGGACAUACACCCAUUCAAAUCAGGGAGGCCUACAAGAAGAGAGAGAGUGUUUACCCUGCCCUCCAGGAAAGUUCUGCAGGGCUGGUAGGAUCCAGGGUGUGUGUGCUGCAGGCUAUCUUUGUAUUUCUGGGAGUGCAGAUUUCACCCCGCAGGGACUCACAUCCAACUUUACCCAGUGUGAGUGGGGCAUGCAGUGUGCUGGACCGUGUCCACCUGGAUUUUAUUGUCCUGUUGGCACAGAGGAGGCCGAAUUGUGUCCGGCAAACACUUUCAGAAGCUCCCCAGGAGGUGCCAGCCUACAGGACUGCUUACCCUGCCCACCGCAGCAUUGGUGUAAACCUGGAGAGCCAGUCCUUCAUCUGUGUCCUGCUGGGCAUUACUGUGAUGGUCUGCCUGACAGUGACUUCAGUGGAGGGACAGGACCGAGACCGUGUCCUCUGUACACCUAUCGAGCUUUGCCUGGAGCAGGCAGCAAGGGUGACUGCCUGCCGUGCCCACCUGGUUCACACUGUAACGGCACAGGGCUUACAGGCUACUCCAACAGUCCCUGCCCACCUGGGUUUUGGUGCAGUGGGUCCGGACCUCCCAUCUUUUGCCCCGCGGGCACUAAGAGAUCUCUUCCUGGAGCUGCUGCACUCAGCCAGUGUGAACCCUGUGCGGGGGGAACCUUCUGCCCAGAUCCUCGGGAAACAGGAAAGCCCAAUGUGGAGGGGUUCCCCUGCAGGGCCUCUUAUCAGUGUCCCAUAGGUGCAGUCUCAGAGAGGUUGUGCAGAGCUGGCUCAUACUGUGGACCUCAGACCGCUGAGCCUCAAGUCUGUCCUGAAGGUUAUUUCUGUCCUGAAGGAUCCCAUUCAUACCAUACGCCCGAACAACUCUGUCCAUUUCCCUACUACUGCCCAGCCAACAGCUCUGUCAUGGAGUCCUGUGAAGGAGGUUCCAUGCCUGUCAACACCAGCAGGCUCAGAGGAUCCAAAAGCAGCUGCUGUAGUGUGUGUGAUGGGGGCACCUAUCGGCCGUACCUCUCCGCCAUCACACAGUGCCUUACAUGUCCUCCAGGAUACUUUUGUCCCACAGACACAGACCACUACAAGACCAACCCUUGCCCUCUUGGGUAUGUCUGUCCCAUGGGAUCCACUCAACCAAUACCCUGUCCUCCUGGCUCCUUUGGUAACCUCACUCAUGCAGAGGCAAUGGGUGACUGUCACCCAUGUCCAGCUGGCACCUUUAACCACCUGCCUGCUCAAAAGGCCUGCUUUCCCUGUGGCAGCUCCUCCACCUCAGUCACAGGUUCUUCUUCUUGUGCCUGUAUUGGUAAGAACCGUGCAUUCCAGCACUCAGAUGGUUCAUGUUUGUGCAGAACUGGUUUUGUCUUCUACAAUGAACUGGAUUUCAAAAGCUCUGCCUCUGACAGUGAAUUGGACUGUCAGCCUGAGAUGAACAGACGGUGUGCCACAGGACAAAUACGUCUGGCAGAAUCCAGAGAGUGUGUGUCACCAAAUUCCCACUCCUGUAAUAUCACCUGUGGGCCACAUGGAGGAACUCUGGAUGUGGAGAUGGGCAUAUGCCAGUGUGAACGCUAUGUGUCUGCUGAAGAGCUUUGCAACACGUCCUGCCUUUCCAGGCUUCCUCAGCUCUCUGCCCAGUUCUCCCCAGAUGGACACCUGCUUCUCAGCCUCAAAGAAAGGAACAGUGUGGUGUGGACAAGGGCGGCAAUUAAUGUUUUUGGACCAGAUAUACAUGUAAACAUUAUUGGUAAAAUCCACUUGGUCCAGUUUGACUCUGAUGGAGUAUUUGGUUGGAUUCCCACACAAGAAGAGCUCGUCAGUCAGUUUUUGUCAGAACCAACAGAACUCCUAAGUACAAGGCCCAGAAAAAGGAGAGACACAGGAGAUGAUGAUGAUGAUACGGCUGACUUAGCUGUCCUUCCUCGUAUUCCCAAUCCCAUCGCCUGUCUGUCUGCUGGUGACAUGCUCAUUUUCCAUCUCACCAUCAACCACACUGAUCGUCGUCUCAGCCACUUCCCAGUGUACCAGAAAGACCACCUGUUUAACAGUAACCCCGGCUGGGACUUUGGUGCCUUCAGACGUCUGCAGAUACUCAUGAAGCAGACAAACUUUAACUCUACAAGAUUUGCCCAUGUGUUUUCAGAAACAGGGAAGUAUGUGUUUGUUGACAGUGCUGUUCCAGAGUGGAGUUUGGUAGUGGUGGUCAGUGAGGAGGGGACGGAGUGUGACCCUCGAGCUUCUGUCUUCCAGCCCAUGACCCCGGCACAGCUGGUCAAGUACGGGAUUGUCAAACAGCACAGACUCAACGUUCUACCUGACUGGGGCGUGAUAGCAGGCCUCCUGAGUCUGCUGCUGGUUGUUGUUGUGGUUGUGACCACCACAGUGCUAAUUCUGCGGCCCGACAAAGCAAAACUUGUCUCCCAGUGGAGGACUAAGCCAAAAUGGCGAAGUCUAGGGGAGCCUUUCUGUCCAGCGGAUUGUGUUUGCAGUGGAGACAGCAUAGCUGUCCCAGGCAUAGGAGGCUUCCUGGGCAGUAGGGGUGUAGGAGAGGGAGCAGAAGCUGAGGAGCCUGCUGUGUCAAAAGGAGGAAGCGUGUCAGGGUGCUGUGAUUUGGAGGAGUUCAAUGUGAAGACUCUGUACGACAAACUAGAGGAUCAGAAUCUCCACAUAGCUUCACAACUGGCCCGACACCGCAAAGACACGCAGGAGUUUUAUCGAAACAUUUGUCAACAGACUGAAACACUCAAAAAUGUCUUUGAGAAUAUGGAUAAUAAAAAACUGAGUCUUCUUAAGAAGCUGGUAGUCCAUAAUUCAAUGAGGGAUAAACCCUCUAACAGCACUGCAGGCGAGAGAGAGACACAAGCUGAGGCUUCUAUAGCUUUACUUGGAGCUGUUCUCAGGUCUGUGGAAGCUCUCUUAUGCAGGCUGACCGGGGAAGCUUGGCAGAACCAGGAUUUGCACAGUCACCCAUACUGUCAUAGUAGUCUUAAUAAUGCCAGAGAAUGUGAGCAGCAAGCUGGAUACACACAACCCAGUGAUACCAACAUGUGCUACACACAGUUUUCCUCAGUGGAUAUGACGAAAGCGGAAGCUCUUUCCCAUGAGCCAGUCCAUGUACAGAGCACAGCUCCUUGUUUAAGUGACCAUGACCUGUCCAAGCUGGUCAGCGUGUCACCUUUGUUCAAGACCCUGCAGGAGAUCCAACAAUCUUUGAAGGACCUUACCACAACUGAGUCUAAUCAGCAUCUCCACAAGGCAGCUACAGAACAUCGUGUCCAGGAGAACAGUGAUGGACGACUUAUCCCGACUGCACUGGACAGCCUCUCACCUCAACACUGUGCCAUUUUCAUGUUUGGUUCCCAGGUGAUGCAGUUGCUUGCAAACUGCCCCCUGUUCCCCUCUGUGCUUCUGCUGUUGGCCAAGUCAAUCCCUGUUUCUUCAGCUUCCUCUAAUGAGGUUCUGCUGGCACACUGUUCAAAGGACUUUUAUUUUGAUGCAGUCAAUCAAAUCCUUUAUCUGUCAGAGACAAAGCUUCAGCACGUGGGACAUUUCAUUGCUACUAUUCUGCAGUCCAUGGCCCACAUAGCAUCAGGAUCUAAACCCCAGAGCUUUAUGCAAGCUCUCCAUGAGGCUAUUUCAGCUUUGGGCCUUCAGCUGUUCAACUUUUCUUUCAAAUGGAAUGAAGCAGAGUCAACAUUUGAUGCUUCAGAGGGGCCACAUGGAGCAUUAGUUGAGGAAUUUCUCAACAUUAGAGUUCCCACUGAAGCACAAUUCACUGAGGCCCUUUUAGCCAGCAGACUUGAGAAAUACAGAUAUUUCAAGCUAGAGCAGCUCAUCACAAACCUCAAACAGAGUUCAGCUGAGGACAGAGAACCAGGUUUACUACCAAAAGGGACGCCGAUUCAGGUGUCCUGUGUAGAGGAAGAAAUUGACCGCAUGAAUGAGUCUUUCUUGCAGCUCAGCAUGCAGCUACAGAAGAGAGCUCAAAUGAGCACAUGUCUUAAGGAGAGAGACAGCAGUGCUGGCAACCAUUCUGUGAGGGCAACACCAACAAGCAUACCGAGCCUGAGCCGUAAUGGAACAAUCCUGCUGGAACUGAAGAGACGCUAUGUAUCACAGCGCCUCAAUGAGUUCCAAAUCACAUUAGACCAGAUCAGACAGUGCCAGCAGCGUGACAGCAAGUCAAAAGACGCGACACGGGGCCGUACUCAAACGGACAGCAUCAGCACUCAGCAGGGGCAGAGAGAGCAUUAUCCUGGCGUGGAUGGCUGCAGCCCUGCUGAUCGCCGGUGGCAGGACAGUGUUCCAGCUAGCCAGAGUCACAGCCAACAAACAGCAGAGAGCGCAAGUCUUGGUGACCAUAAACUGGAGGGUCAUAUUUCUGGCCAACAGAGGAAUGACACUGUCCAGAGCAACAGCCCUGACACAUUACUGGACUGCCAGAUGCUAGAGAGCCAAGAUCAGCUGCAUCUCAAUGUCCCAGGAAAGCAGGAGAUAAACAGUCAGAUCACACUAGAAAAUACAUCUGGGCAUACAGAUGUUGAUGAUAUAUAGGAGGCUCAUGAUUAGAAACUGGAACUGAAUGUAGAUGAAUGCCUGGAAAUGUGUUGUUUUCAUGUGUUUCUCUCACGACUUUUUCUCCGUCUCCUUCCAGGUCAUGCUUUUCAUGUUCAUCUUAGCUUGAUUAUGUACACUAUAAUAUUCUUUCUUGUUUGCUGAGUAAUGACUCGAGUGACCUCAAGUGUCUUAAUUUGCACCAGCUUUUAAGCAAUUCAACUGUGUUCUUUUUAAUUAACUGUGAUCCUUGGACAGAUAUAAUUUCGGGCAACAAGCAGCAGAGUGACACCGUCUGUCAUCUUGUCAAAACAGUCUCUCAGUCAGGAGUUAAUACCGGCUUCUAAUGUACUCUCUGCUCAUUACCAUAUUCUAAUUAAGACAAUAAACUUCAGCUGAAUGAGCACAAGGUGACUCUGUUCCUAC